UCCGGCGCUCCAGCUAGUCCAGCCGCCGGCCUCCUCCAUCCUGCAACAGUAGCAGCAGCAGCAGCAGCAGCAGCAGCAGCCUCCUCCUCCUCCGCGAUCCUAAGCAGCCGCAUCGCGCGCAACGCCGGAGCCAUGGCGGUGGAAGAAGCCGGUGGCGGGGCGGAGGCGGCGGCGGAAGGCUCGGAGGCGGCCAGCCCCGGCUUGCUGAUGGAGAUCGUCAGCUCCCCGCUCAACCUGAGCCUGCUGGGCCUCUGCCUCUUCCUGCUCUACCAGAUCGUGCGCGGGGAUCGGCCGCGCGCCCAGCCCGAGGGCGAAGAGGAGCCGCCGCCGCUGCCCAAGCUCAAGCGCCGCGACUUCACCCUGGCCCAGCUGCGCCCCUACGACGGCCUGGCCGAGCCGCGCAUCCUCAUGGCCAUCAACGGGAAGGUCUUCGACGUCAGCCGAGGCCGCAAGUUCUACGGGCCCGAGGGACCUUACGGCAUCUUUGCUGGAAGAGACGCUUCCCGUGGCCUCGCAACUUUCUGCCUCGAUAAAGAAGCUCUGAAAGAUGAGUACGACGACCUCUCUGACCUGGAUGCCACGCAGAGAGAAACGCUGAAUGAUUGGGAACAGCAGUUUACCUUUAAGUAUCACUACGUCGGCAAACUGCUGAAGGAUGGGGAAGAGCCCACGGUCUAUUCCGACGAGGAAGAAACGAAAGACGAGAUAGACCGCAAGAACGAUUAGCGAAGGUGCCAAGGAGCCCUCCCGAUGCUAGCUGAUUUUCUUUGCUUUUAAUUUUUAAGGGACAUUUUUUAUCAUAUCCCUCUCCCCCACCCCCACCCCUCCGCUUCCUUCUAUGUUAGCCCUUCCCUAUAUCGGCCGUUUUUUAGAAAUGUUAUUACUUGCAGUGACAUUGAGUCGCAACGCUGCACUUUUUAAUCAACUUUCCUAGAAGUAAGUCAGUGCUAACUUUUUCCAAUCCAAGCCGAGGGCCUCGGCGGGCAGCAGAGCAAUGCUCAUCACUGAUUGGUGGCACGUAAAAGAUCUCACCAGGCUAGCAAUGGCUGUAGGAUUUCCUUUCCUGUUGGACGGACAUUAUGAUGCUCUGAAGGUUCACCCUUGACCAGAAAAUGUCUCUCUGGAGGAGAUACUGCUCUGUCCUUCAACCCCCUUUGGGCUGGUGGGUGUUCAAAAAAUGGUUUGUGUAUCUUUCCAGCCCGUUUCUCUAGCCUUCCUUUUAUACAAACCUGUCUUCCAGCGAUUGACCAUCUCUGUGAAUCCCUUGAACGGACUUGGUCCGCUGCGGAUUUCUUCACGGGUGCAUUUUCUGCGGGGUUUGUCUCAUUCCGGAUCCUUAAGCAAUGCAGAAUGUAGUGGGUGGGUUUUAUUUUAUUAUUUUAUUUUGUCCUCGCUAAUGUAGCAUUGGAAGCAGGGUUGAAAAAGGGGUUUUAUAGAGAUACUUAACACCAAAUCGACGGGGCCCUUAGCUUUGAAGCAAAAUAACUUUCUCUUUUUUCUUUUUUUUAAAAAAUGCAAUACUUUUAUUAUAAAACCGUAUAAAGAAUAAAGAUGAGAAUUUAGUA